CGGCGCGGCGCUGGGGUCGGCCCGACACCGCGCGCGAGGAGCGGGGCCGCUCGGCAGCGCCGAGAGCCCGCGGAAAAGCCCCCGCUGCCCCGGCGCUCCUGCCGUAGCCGUGCGGCGUCUCCAGCCAGAGGAACCGGGCUGCCUGCGCCCGGCGCGGGAGGAAAAUGGCUCAAAUUCUUGGACCAACAACAUCCAUCCCUGAUGAGGAAUACUUGGAAAGCAGAAUGGUGGUUACAUUUCUCAUGUCAGGACUUGACUCAAUGUGUAAAGAACUUUCCAAAUCCAAGGCAGAAGUUGUCUGUAUUGCUGUAUUUGCAAGAAAUGUUUUUGUUGUUGGAAGUGAGAGAGGAAAAGCCUUUGUCAACUCUAGGGAAGAUUUUAAGACGGAUUUUAUGGAAUACUGUGUUACAGAAGAGGACAGGCCUCCAGAACUGCAGAGGAUUACACCACCUGUAAACAGACAGACGCUGGAUGCUGAGGAGCUAGAGGCUCUUAGAAAGUCUGUGGUGGAGUUUUUCUGCUUUUCCUAUGGUAAAGCUUUAGGAAAGUCAACGGCAGUCCCUGUGCCAUAUGAAGAGAUUCAGAGGAACCAGUCUGUUGUGAUAGUGCAGGGCCUGCCUGAAGGAGUCACAUUUAAGCAUCCAUCAAAUUAUGAUGUUUCCACCCUGAAAUGGAUUUUGGAAAACAAAUCAGAGAUCUCAUUUAGUAUCAACAGGCCUUUCGUAGAACCAAAGAAACAGAUAGAAGCUGAUGUGGCAGCUCCUUCACAUUCAGUUAUACCUCCAUGUGAAAGUUGUCCGCCUGUUAAUGUGAAAACGGAACCAAGCAAGGAUCCUGAGACCAGCGAGGAUCAUGAAAUUUCUUCCAAAUUGUCAACAGUAACAAUGAAACAGGAAAGAGAUGAUCCUAACUACUAUCAAUUUAAUACUCCAGCAGGCCCUUCCAAAGCACCAGAGACAGAUGAAAAAAUUGCUCCUGGAAAAAGUUACACAGAGACCUCCCAGCCUGACUCGUCAGACACAAGUGAGGAUUCUGAGGUUGAGUUCAGUUCUGCAGAUGAUGUUGAUGUUGGUGAUGAUAAUGAUGAUGAUGAUGAGUACAUGCCCCCUGAAGAGAGCUUGAGGAGCCCCAGUUCAGUUACUGAAGCUGCCAAUACUGGGAGAAGAAAUGCCGAAGAAUUCAGUUUUGAGUCCUCCCACCAUGACAUGUCAGAAAUAAGUGAGAAGCCUGAGGUUGAGGUCACCAUUGAAGAAGAUGAUGACGACUAUCCACCACCUGACAAGAGGCAGAAGAGCACCAAGUCGGCUAAUGAAGGGGCCAGUACUGGGAGAAGAAAUGCAGAAGAGUCCAAUUCUGAUUCCUCCCACGAUGACUCGUCAGAAGCAAGUGAGGAUUCUGAGCCUGAAAUCACUAGUCAAGAUGAUGAUGAUGAUGAGUAUCUGCCGCCUAGCAAGAGAAAGAGGAGGAGGAACACCAGGUCGGCUAAGGAAACUGCCAAUAGAAGGAGAAGAAAAGCAAAAUAUUUCAACAGCAGCAGGCACCAGAGUUCUGAUGGCAGGACAGGAAGAACAGAUUCUUCCCAAAAUGACUUGUCGGAAAAAAGUGAGGAUGCUGAGUUUGAAGUCACGUUUGAUGAUGAUGAGGAUGACUCCCCACCACCUGACAAGAGACAGCGGAGCAGCAAUUCGUCUAAUGAAGAUGCCAAUGUUGAGAGAAGAGAAGAAGAAGAGUUCAAUUGUGAUUCCUCCCACCAUGACAUGUCAGAAACAACUGAGAAUCCUGAGGUUGAGGUCACUGUUGAAGUUUCGAAAUUCAAGGCAGUUCCCGUUCUGCAUGCGAAUUCCGUGGACAAAAAAACAGGGGGUUUUUUAUUGUUUCUUAAAGAUGAUGAUGAAGACAAUCUGCCACCUGACAAGAGACUUAAGAGCAAUAAUUUGGCAAAUGAAUCUCCCGAUGCUGAGAGAAAAGCUGAAGAGUUCAAUUCUGAGUCCUCCCACCAUGACAUGUCAGAAAUAAGUGAGAAUCCUGAGGUUGAGGUCACCCUUGAAGAUUCUGACCAUACCUACAUGUACCGUGAGACGCGAUGGAGGAGCAGCAAGUCAGUUAAUGAAGAGUCCAAUACUCAGAGAAGAAAUGAGGCAGAGUUCAAUUCUGAUUCAUCCCAGCAUGACUCAUCAGAAGGAAGUGAGGUUUCUGAGGCUGACCUCACUAGUGAAGAUAAUGAUGAUGACUAUGUACCCAGUGAGAGGAGACAGAGGAGCCCCAGGUCAGCCAGCGACUCGGGCAGUAGUGGGAGAAUAAAGUUCAAUUUUGACAAAUGGAAUACACGAAUUACAGACUUGAGAAAGGAAGUUGAAGUGCUGUUUGAUAAAAAAUAUGCUGAAGCUAUAAAAGUAGAGGGCCCAGCACCUGUCCCAUAUGGAGCUUUCCAGUCCCACCCAGAGGAUUUGUUUGUGGAAGGGAUGCCAGAUGGGAUUCCCUUCAGGCGCCCGGCCACCUACGGCAUCCCCCGGCUGGAGAGGAUCCUGCUGGCCAAGGACCGGAUCCGCUUCGUCAUCAAAAAGCCUGAACUUCUGAAUUCAACAGAUCCUCCAGAAGUCACUACAGCUUCAACAGUCUCAAAUAGAGCAAAAGAGGACUGGCAUUCCAGAGUCACCAAACUGAGAAGGAUGGUAGAUCAACUUUUCUGUAAAAAGUAUGCCAAGGCUUUGGGGAGCAAUGACCCCAGAGCUGUUCCAUACAAGAAAUUUGAAGCUUAUCCAACUGACCUCUAUGUUGAAGGGCUGCCAGAGAACAUCCCCUUUAGGAGUCCCUCCUGGUAUGGAAUACCUUGCCUUGAACAAAUCAUUCAAGUGGGCCACAAAAUAAAAUUUGUGAUCAAAAGGCCAGAGCUGCUAACUCACGUUCCAAAUGAAGGUACUCAGCACAGGUCAAACUCUCAAGGGAGAGAAGAUUGGAAUUCCAAGAUCACAAAGCUAAGAAAGCAAGUAGAAGAUAUAUUUAGUGUGAAGUUUGCUGAAGCUCUGGGGGUUUCAGAGUCAGUGAAAGUUCCCUAUUCUGUGUUUGAAUCAAACCCUGACUGCUUGCUGGUGGAAGGCUUGCCAGAAGGAGUCCCCUUCCGGAGCCCCACGUGGUUUGGAAUUCCGCGCCUCGAAAGAAUCAUCCGUGCCAGUAACAAAAUCAAAUUUGUUAUUAAGAAGCCUGACCUUAUCAUUUCCCAUUUGCCUCUAAGACUGGCUAGUAAAUUAAAGAAAAAAGGAAUUAGUCCAAGGACUUCCAAAAAGUCACGAAGUUCUUCAGAAAAUUCAAGUGUUCCAGAGAUUGAAGUUACUAUUGAAGAGAGUCCUAAAAAAGACCAAACCACAAAUGCAGAAACUAAUUCUGAUACCAAUGGCUCCAAUGCAAAGCAACAAGGAAAAGACUUUUCUUUUGAGCUGUGGAAUGCCAAAAUCAAUGACUUGAAGGAGAAAGUAGAAAAGAUGUUCAAUGAAAAAUGUGGGGAGGCUCUGGGUCGCAGUGGGCCAGUGAAGGUUCCAUAUGCCCUGUUUGAUACCUACCCUGAGGAUUUCCACGUGGAAGGAUUGCCUGAGGGGGUGCCCUUCCGCCAGCCUACAACCUUUGGGAUUCCCAGACUAGAGAAGAUCCUGAGAAAUAGAUCCAAAAUAAAAUUUAUUAUUAAAAAGCCUGAGAUGCUUGAGGCAGCUAUCAAAGAACGUUCUGGUAAAAGCUCCCAAGGAAAAAAUAAUUCCUCCAGUAAUGCCAAUACAGCAAGGACCACAAAAAACACAGUGAAAACAGCUGAAGGUGUUGAAGACCUAAACAUUGUUAAAGUAACCAUAAAAGAUGAUGAAAAUGAGCGACCACCAAAAGCAGAAAAUGCCAGGCAAUUGAGAGAGCAAGUAAAUUAUCUUUUUAGCCAGAAAUUUGGUGAAGCCACUGGUAUGAAUUUUCCUGUGAAAGUUCCAUACAGAAAAAUCACUAACAACCCUGGCUGUGUGUUGGUGGAUGGAAUGCCUCCAGGUGUGGCAUUUAAAGCACCCAGUUAUCUGGAACCCAGCUCAAUGAGGAAGAUUUUGGAUUCAGCAGAGUUUAUCAAGUUCACUGUGGUUAGGCCGUUUCCAGGACUUGUGAUUAACAAUCAGCUGCUAGAAGAAGCUGAAGCAGAAGCAGAGUCACCAGCAGCACCAGCAGCAGCCACUACCACAGCAGUACUACCAGAGCCAGCUGAACCAAGCCAAAUAGAAGUAUCUCUAGGAGAUAACACAGAAACAGAAGAACAGUUUCAAAUAAAGCAAGAUCCACACCUGACGUCAUAGACCUCAUCAAUACUGGUCAGAAGCUGCCCGUUCUGAGAAGAGCCUGCUCGGCCUGUCUAGAGCUCUGUAAUAUAAUUGUAUAAGAGAAGUAUCUUCUAUACAAACCCUUUUGUACUAUUAUAUAGAAAUGUCUACUUUUUCAGCAGUUCUGUGAAUUGACCUACUAAUGACUGUAGAUUUGGAUUGUAUGAAUUUACUUUGGAAUAUAUUUUAAGGACUAAAUUUGAUGCUGGGGAGAUGGCAGGGAUUAAAAUCAACAGGGACAUAGCUCAGGCUGUAUACAUUUUCCAAUAAAGCUGAAUUUCACUGUACCUGAAUGCAUCCUAACUUUUGUAAUGAAAAAAUUCCUGCAAAGAGUUCAGUUUGUUUACUUAGGAGAAAAAAAACCCUCUACAUUAAUGUUCAGCUGUUACUUUAAUGUCUCAUUGGACAACAGUAUUUGUAUAUUUGAAUUAAUUUUUCCUGUUGUAUCUAUCAUAAUUCAUAUGUUUUUCCUAAAUAAAAGAUAAUUUUAUCCACUUGA